CUUACUGAGACGUCAGGUAGCGAGCGAUAUGACAUCCAUUUCCUGUUUAUGGCAUUAUUAUACAUACUUUUAUUAGGCCUAAUACUAGUGAAACUAUUAGAUCUGAAUAUAGCUUAUGGUAUUGAUCAAUAUAAUUUACGAAACAGCGUAUUUUGAGAAGUACCAGCAGAUAAUAUGCUUACUUUGUACCGAAAUAGACUUCUCGAACGUCGUAUGUUGGUGAAUCAUAUGAGGUUUUCUGUUGGUGAGAGGCAUCUUGAUAGGCCUAACUUUAAGUCUAUAAUAUUUAAGUCCAAGCUUACUUAUCGUCAGUGUAUGUCGUACAUUCGAGGCAAAUUCAUUGCUAUCAAUUUCAAACCUUAUGAUCAACUGUUGCCAAGGUAUUACUCUGCAUAUAACGGUAGAAUUAUCAACGAAUACGAAUCCAUGGCUAAUAAUGAAUUGGAUAAAAGUAGUAAGGCACCGGUUCUUAAGACGAACCACAUUAAUCCAAGGCUUCAAGAUCCAUGUGCUGGAGUUGUUGGUUUCUUACGAAAGAACCUUAGCACAACAAAGAACAGUGCUGUGCAACCUGCAUAUGUUGGACCUCUGGCAAAACAAAUUAGAGUUGUAAAGUUUUUCUCUAUUUCCACAAGUGCCAUAGGAAUAGCACUGCAGCCUUUUCUAUUAAAAAGUUACUUGUCUUUCAGUCCACUUGCUGGUCUUCUUAUAGGGUCAUUCUUUACUUGUUUUAUUUUUGUUACACCUAUUCUACUUCACUGGAUAACAAAGCGUUAUGUUGUGGAACUAAGUCUUGAUCCAAGCACUCGGGUUUUUACGGCAACAGUUCUCACUCUAUUGAACAGGAAAAAACACAUAUUGUUCACAGCUGAAGAUGUUCAUGUGCCAGAUCUGCCUGGAGUUUUUACCAGUUUUGUUGUAAAUGGAGUACCCCUGUUUGUAGACUCGCAAUCUUUUGAAGACCCACAAAUUUUCAAACAUUUAAUGGGGUAUGACAAGCCCCUGGAUUUUCAUUUAGCAGAUGACAGUGUAUCAGAUACAAAGCAAAAAGAAAAGAAUAACUCUAGAAAAUCAGACUAACCUUGUAUGUUAGCAGCUUCUUAGAUACCUAGACCACUCGUAAGGAAAAUCAACUGGGUUUUAUAAAAAAGUAGUAUUUCGUAAAAAUGUUUGGUGUGUUCUGGAGACACCAACACUUAGUGAAAUAAUUUUCAGAGGAAGAAUGGGGUUAUCAGUAUUUUUACAUUUCAAUCCUAAAGCUCAAUUUUUUGUGCUGAAAAAUUUAAUCAAUAAGUUUAUAACUAAAAUUGUAUUUGGUUAAACUACCCAAACAUUAACUUGGCUUAAAGUUUUUAGUUUACACAGUGAAGAAUAACAUUUUAACUAGUUAGAAAUAAAUCCAAUAAUUUUCAGUCGCUCAGAAAAGCCUUAGAGAAAACCCUAGAUCACAGGACUUUCUCUCCUGUUACUGGCUUUAAUAUUGACUUUUAUUUGACUGUAGUGAUAACAUAUAACUCAUCUGUUACUUGAACUUCAAACAAUAUUCCAGAGCAAGUGUCUCAAGCUGUAAUAAACAGUUCAAAAGUUAGGAAUUGAAAUAAAAAAAGAUUUUGUCUAACUGA